GGAGGCGCCAGAGCACCAGCAAAACCCAGAUGUAACACGCAUUGUUUUUAAAGUUAUCUUUUGUUUAAAAUGCGAAAUAGAAAGUAGGAAAAACAGGAACAUGUGUUGUUUACACAACGAGGACACCUUCAUUGCCAUAAACAUAACAUAUUUGUAGUGGGAGGUCUUGUGUCAGACAGGAGGAGGACUCUUCUAGAAGGCUCACCUCACCUGCUCACACACGAGUGGACGAGGCGGAUGGAGACGACAUUCUUCGUCUUAAAAGUCCUUAAAAAAGUCUAACUACAGCGGGAUUGAAGCCACAGAAACGUGACAGCGAUAUCAGCUGACUUCUUCCGCGGGCAAGAUGGCGGAAGACCGACGAAAUAGAGCUGAGGCGACCGACAAUGGUGGUCUUUGUCCUGUUGAAGGAGUUGGCGAGGAGCUGACAGGGCAGGAGACGGUUCCGGUGGACACCUCUCAGGUUUUUGAAGAGCAUCGAGUCAUCUGUGAUGAUGAUGAAGAAGAAGAGCAGCCCCGGUCUUCAUGUGUAAACCGGGAACACAUGCAGUCCCGGGGUGUCCAGUUCCCCCAGAAUGCAACGGUGCCUCCACCUUUCAUGAACGGCUGCAGCAGCGACGUGACACAGGUCGGCGAUGUGGACAUCAGCGGCGUGACGAGCGACAGCACCGAGACCGACGCCGCCGUCGUAUCGGACGCGGAUGACCUCCUGGUUGCCACGGAUACGCCGCCACCGCCGCUCGCCACGGACCCUCUCAUGGACGCCUCCAUCCUCAGUCCCAGCCACGUGUCCCUGGAGCUGGACAGCGAGGACGACGGCACGGAGAGGACUAGCCCCGCCCCCGACCUCGGUUGCACUCGCAGCCUCUCCGCCUCCUCAGCGCCCGACCCCGCCUCCAAAGUAGCAAACGUGCGGCUGCGCUCCUACUCAUACUCCAAAGUCGGCCUGCGUCCUUCCCGCUUUGUCCAGGAUGGACACGCUUGCAGCGCGGAUGUGCCAUCUCACGGCGUCAGCCACAGUCGAUCUCUCCUUCAGGCCCUCUCUCUGUCUAAGUCUCUGUCCCUGCUGCACCCUGCUAAGCAAAAAGCCUCAGAGCAGCUGCAUGAGAAAAGGGAGUUUAGUUUCCGCCACGGAGCCCAGUCGGCCGACGACGAGGGCGAGACGGCGCUCGUGGAGACGCUCCAGCACCUCACCCUGUCUGAGUUCCUCAAAGAGAUUGAAGAGGAGGAGCAGGACCGGUGCAACGUGCCGGCCAAAGCGGAGUCAGAGAAGUACAAAGUCAUCCGCACCUUCAGUUUCCUCAAGAGCAGGAUGUCUAACACGCGCAACAAGACCAAGGCCAAAGGGAAGAAGGACAAACAGAACCCCCAUCGCUUCUCCACCGGCUCCUGUCUGGGCCCCGUCAUCUGUGUGGUGUGUGAUAAGCCCGCCUUUCAGAAAGACCUUCUGCAUUGCCCCACCUGCACCGCCACUGUCCAUAAAGGCUGCAAGGAGUCAGUGCCGCCGUGUUUAAAGAAACUGCAGGAGAAGAACACGGUCGCCAUGGUGAAGAGCAGGACGGCAUCCCUCCCGCAGAACUUCACAGUGAGAGAGAGUCCUCCUCAAUGUGGGACGCCCCCCGCCAACCCUUCAGCCGCCAUCACUUUCAAGGACGCCUGUGACGGUCGACUGAGCGAGAGUUCCGAGUCUGAGAUGGACACCUGUAAGCUGAGCUGUCAAUCAGAAGACCUCCAGGCGACUUCCACCGUCUCCAGCGAGUGGACCCCAGCAGAAGAAUACAGCGACCUGGCCGCCGACGCCGCCGAUUACGAGGCAGAGUCGUGGAGUUUGGCGGUGGAGCACAAGUUCUACAAGAAGCAGGACAGACGAGUGGCCAAGAGACAGGACGUCAUCUACGAGCUGAUGCAGACGGAGCUUCACCACCUCCAGACGCUGCACAUCAUGGCCCGGGUGUUCCGUAGAGGCAUGCGGGAGGAGGUGCAGCUCGACGCCGAGGCGGUGGAGCGCAUCUUCCCGUGUCUGGACCAGCUGGUCCUCCUCCACCACGCCUUCUUCUCCGCCAUGAAGGAGCGGCGGCAGCGCUCGGCACAGCCCCAGGAAGACAGGAACUACCUCAUCCAGCGCAUAGGAGAUGUGCUGCUGCAACAGUUUUCAGGCGAGGGCGGGGAGAGGAUGCGCCACGUCUACGGGGAAUUCUGCAGCCGACACAACGAAGCCGUGGCGUGGUUCAAAGACCUCCUGCAGAACAACAAGAGAUUCCAGAACUUCAUCAAGCAACAAGGUGGUAACUCCUUGGUGCGACGGAGGGAGAUCCCAGAGUGCAUCUUGCUGGUCACACAAAGGAUCACUAAGUAUCCCGUGCUGCUGGAGAGGAUCCUUCAGUACACGCAAGGGGACACACUGGAGCACGCCGACCUGGACGCAUCCCUGGCGCACAUCCGCGAGCUGAUCACGGCCGUGGACGUGCGCGUCAGCGAGUACGAGCGGCGCCAGCGUCUGCGGGACGUGUGGAGCCGCACGGAGAGCCGCAGCACGGCCAAGCUGAAGAACGGGCGGACCCUCCGCAAGCAGGACAUGAUGGGGCAGACGCUCAAGCAUCAGGGGGCGCUGCUGUGGAAGACGGCCACGGGAAGACUCAAAGACGUCCUGGCUCUCCUGCUCACAGACUCCCUGGUCUUCCUGCAAGAGAAGGACCAGAAGUACUCGUUCGCCACUGUAGACCAGAAGCCGCCCGUCAUCAGCCUGCAGAAGCUAAUCGUGCGGGAGGUGGCCAACGAGGAGCGAGGCAUGUUCCUUAUUUGCGCCUCGGCCGCCGGACCCGAGAUGUACGAGGUCCACGCGGCGUCCAAGGAAGAGCGCAACGCCUGGAUGAGGCUGGUCAGAGAGGCGGUGGAGAGCUGUCCGGAAGAGGAGGACGACUACACGAGCGAGAGUGAAGAGGAGAAGCGGGUGGCAGAGGCUCGCUUUCAGAAGGUCCAGAAAUUACAAGAGAGCCUAAUGAGCCAGGACCAGCAGAUCUGCUCCAGCCUGGAGGAAAAGCUCAAGAUGUACGCGGCGCUCUCGGCCCUCAGCGGGAAGGCGGAAGCGCCGCUCGACGAGCCGCGGCUGCUCGUGCGUCCGAGCCCCGACGAGCCGCCACAGGCCGGCGUGCUGCUGGCAGCCGCCAUGCAAGAAGCCGAGAAUCUGAAAGCCACCUUGAAGUCCAGAUCUCCGUCCGUGCGCAGCUGGGACUCUGGCAGAGACUCCGCCUCUCUCGUCAGUCCUGUGACACCCGCAGCACCGCCCUCUCACCACCAGGCUUCACCCGAGGAGCCUGCUGAGGGGUGUUGGACGGAGACCACUGAGCUUCUAUCGCCCACUUACUUGCAAGGCACAAACAAGGACUUAAAGAUUGCUCGCAGUGUCCAGAGCCUCACGCAGCUGCUCUACAGCCUGCAGGCGGCCGUGACCAUCCAGGACAGCUGCCACGAGCUCCACAGGCUCCUUCUCGGAGGAGACGGCCGCACUUCGCCUCGCCGUCAAGUCCUGCAAGAGCAGGAGAAACAGCGCCACCUGGAGAAGAGGAAGGAGGAGGCGGCCUCCACCCGGCGCCUGCAGGUGCGCCUCCGGCAGGACCGCGAGCGCUGGGAGCGGGAGUGCCAUGCCCGGGAGAGCCGGCUGGGGGAGAAGGAGAGCUGCGUGGGGGAGAGGGAGCGGCAGUGCCACCUGGAGGCGGAGAGGCUGAGGCGCGAGCGCGAGGAGCUGGACCAUCAGCUGGAGGAGUACCGGCAGAACCUGGAGAGGCUCCGCGAGGGCCAGAGGAGCGUGGAAAAGGAGCGGGAGCGGCUGGAGAACCGCAGGAAGCUCCUCCAGACGUGGAGUCACAUCCCUCACAUGCUCAUCCCUCUGGACGGCCCGCAGGACUCCUGCGGUCACGCUGGAAACGGUUCGGUCUUCGUGAACGAGGCGGCGCUGGCCGUCGGCGUUGGGGGGGAAGGAGGGUUGGGGGGCCUGAACAACCGCCGCCGCAAAGGCAGCGACGCCAGCGCACACAACUGCCUCAACGCCCUGCUGGCCAGGUCCAACAGCAGACAGCCCGCCACGGACAAGACCACCACCAGUCGCAGUCCGGACUUGGACAGCCAGCGAUGGAGGACGGGGCGGGGCUACCAAGCGGGGUUGGACACGCCUUCUGAUGACAGCAGCCCCUCCCACCCUUCCGACUCGCAGCUGGACGUCGGCCACCUGGUUUCCAUGGAGACGGACAGCAGAGAGGAGGACGUCCCGGAGGAGAGCAUCGUGUAUCUCUGAAACCAGGACCAAUAUGGACCUUUAACAAAGUAUUUAUUGAUGUUUUGUUGUUUUAAGGCCGCGCAGACCUGUUUUAUAUUCAAGGCGUGUCUUUAAAAGUGUGUCUUUGUGUGAGCUAUAGUAGGUUCCUGCAGGCUCUUUGUUGCGCUCCCCCUGCUGGUUAGCGCCCGUUUAUGGGGUGCCGAAUGGAAACGUUCAGUCACACUUUACUAGCAGAUAUUUUGAACAUUUAGCUCACUUUUUCGCAUUCAGCUUUUACAUUUAGAUUUAGAUUGAACAUUCAACUUAAACACCGAUAUUUAAAAUUUAACAUAGGGAUUCAAGUUAAACAUUUGGCUUUAACUUUUAGAUUUAGAUUAAACAUUUGGCUUAAAUAUUUAUAUUUAACAUUUAGGUUUAACAUUUAAAAUUUAGCUUUAACGUUUAGAUUGAACCUUCAGGUUCAGAUUCAACAUUUAUGUUUAACUUUUGGAUUUAACAUUUCCAUUGAACAUUUAGGUUUAACAUUUAGAUUUAUAUUUGAAUUUAGAUUCAACAUUUAGGUUCUACAUAUAGAUUUAUACUAAACAUUUAGCUUUUACAUUUAGAUUUAGAUUACACAAUUAGCUUCAAUGUUUAGAUUUAGAUUAAACAUCUGGCUCUAAUGUUUAGAUUUAACAUUUAGGGUUAACAUUUAAAAUUUAGCUUUAACGUUUAGAUGUAUAUUCAUCAUUUGUAUUUAACAACAAGAUUUAACAUUCAGCUUUAAUUUUUAGAUUCAACAUUCAGGCUCAGAUUCAACAUUUAUGUUUAACUUUUAGAUUUAACAUUUCGAUUGAACAUUUAGGUUAAACAUUUAGAUUUAUAUUCGGACUUAGAUUCAACAUUUAGGCUUGACAUGGAGAUUUAGAUUAAAUAUUUAGCUUUUACAUUUAGAUUUAGAUUACACAAUCAGCUUUAACGUUUAGAUUUAGAUUAAACAUUUGGCUCUAAUAUUUAGAUUUAACAUUUAGGUCUAACAUUUAGGAUUUAGGUUUAACAUUUAGAUGUAUAUUCAACAUUUGUAUUUAACAACAAGAUUUAACAUUCAGCUUUAACUUUUAUAUUCAACAUUCAGGUUCAGAUUCAACAUUUAUGUUUAACUUUUAGAUUUAACAUUUCUAUUGAACGUUUAGGUUUAACAUUUAGAUUUAUAUUUGGAUUUAGAUUACACAUUUAGCUUUAACAUUUCGAUUUAGAUUAAACAUUCAGCUUUAACAUUUAGAUUUAAAAUUUAACAUUUAGGUUUAACAUUGAGAUUCAGGUUAAACAUUUGGCUUUAACUUAGAUUUACAUUAACAUUUGGCUUUAAUAUUUAGAUUUAGAUUAACAUUUGCUUUAACAUUUAGAUUUAGAUGAAACAUUUACUUUAGUAUUUAGAUUUAGAUUAAACAUUUGGCUCCAAUAUUUAGAUUAAACAUUUGGCUUUAAUAUUUAGAUUUAAAAUUUAGGUUUAACAUUUAAAAUUUAGCCGUAACGUUUAGAUCUGUAUUCAACAUUUGUAUAUAACAACAAGAUUUAACAUUCAGCUUUAACUUUUAGAUUACACAUUCAGGUUCAGAUUCAACAUUUAUGUUUACCUUUUAGAUUUAGCAUUUCCAUUGAACGUUUAGGUUUAACAUUUAGAUUUAUAUUUGGAUCUACAUUCCAAAUUUAGGUUUGACAUGUAGAUUUAGAUUAAACAUUUGGCUUUAAUAUUUGUAUUUAGAUUAAACAUUUGGCUUUAACAUUUAGAUUUAGAUUGAACGUUUAGAUUUUAACAUUUAGAUUUAGAUUUGGAGUUAGAUUCCAAAUUUAGGUUUGACAUGUAGAUUUAGAUGAAACAUUUGGCUUUAAUAUUUAUAUUUAGAUUAAACAUUUGGCUUUAACAUUUAGAUUUAGAUUAAACAUUCAGCUGUAAUAUUUAGAUUUAAAAUUUAACAUUUAGGUUUAACAUUGAUAUUCAAGUUAAACAUUUGGCUUUAACUUUUAGAUUUAGAUUAAACAUUUGAAUUUUAAUAUUUAUAUUUAACAUUUAGGUUUAACAUUUUAAAAUUUUGCUUUAACGUUUAGAUGUACAGUAUAUUUAACAUUUGUAUUUAACGCCAAGAUUUAACAUUCAGCUUUAACUCUUAGAUUCAACUUUCAGGUUCAGAUUCAACAUUUAUGUUUAACUUUAAGAUUUAAAAUCACAGUUUAACAUUUGGAUUUAUAUUUUGAUCUAGAUUCAACAUCAAUGUUUACCAUUUAUAUUUUGUGUUUGGAUGUAACAUUUAGAUUUAUAUUUUGUAUUUGGAUUGGGAUUCAACAUUCAUAAUUAACAUUUAUAUUUCCUGUUUAGAUUUAAAUGUUACACUUAACAUGUAGAUAAAGAUUUAACAUUUAGGUUUAGAUUUAUCAUUUACAUAUGCAUUUAAUAUUUGUAUUUAACAUUUAGAUUUAACAUUUAGGUUAAGAUUUAGGAUUAACAUUCAGAUUUAAAAUUUAACAUUUGGCUUUAACAUUGAGAUUCAGGUUAAACAUUUAGCUUUAACUUUUAGAUUUAGAUUAAACAUUUGGCUUUAAAAUUCAGAUUUAACAUUUAAAACUUAGCUUUAACAAUUAGAUGUAUUUUUAACAUUUGUAUAUAAAGGCAAGAUUUAACAUUCAGCUUUAACUUUUACAUUCAACAUUCACAUUCAGAUUUAACAUUAAUGUUUACCUUUUAGAUUUGUAUUUGGGUGUAGAUUUAACAUUGAGGUUUAACAUUUAUAGUUAAUGUUUAGACAUAACAUUUAGAUUUAUAUUUAGCAUUUGGAUUGAGAUUCAACAUUCAUAUUCAACAUUUAGAUUUACAAUUUAGGCUUAACAUUUGAAUAAAGAUUUUACAUUUCGGUUUAUAUUUACCAUUUUGAUCUGUAUUUAAUAUUUAGAUUUAACAUUUAGAUUGGUGUUUUUAAUAUUUAUAUUCAACAUUUAUAUUUAGUAUUUUGGAUUGGGAUUAAUUAAAUUCAAAUUUAUAUUCAAUAUUUAGAUUUAAAAUUUAAAGUAAACAUUUAGAUAAAUAUUUAACAUUUAGGUUUAGAUUCAACAUUUAGAUCUGUAUUUAAUAUUUAAAUUUGGAUUUAACAUUUAGGUUAGAUUUAGGAUUAACAUUUGGAUCUGUAUUUAAUAUUUAAAUUUAGAUUUAACAUUUAGGUUAGAUUUAGGAUUAACAUUUAGAUUUCAAAUAUAUAUUCCUAUUUAAUAUUUAUUUAUAUCACAAUUCUACAUUUAGUAUAAACUUAAAAGUGAUAAAAGUGAGCUAAAAGUUCAAAAUAUAUCUGCAAAUAAAUUGUGACUGCAUUUUAACAUUUGGACACCUCGCACCCUUUGCACUUUUUCAACGUGCCACAGAAGUAGAAGUUAUGCCCAAGUGCCAUCACAACAUGUAAGAGACGUCUGAUAUUUAUAAUAAUUAUUAUUUAAUAAUGAUAUGUAUUACAGUACAAUAUGUUGGCUAUAUAUUGUAUGAUGGCCACUAUUUGAGGAAAUAUAAAAUAUCAAUAACGUGCAAUUGCCAAAGUGUAGCAGGGCAAUAAGCUGCUUCAGUGCCAAUUUAAUACAAAAUUAAAAAAAAAAAAUCUAUGUAAAAAUUUGGUAGUUUCGUCGUGUAAUGAACCUCAUUGAAAAAUCAAAAAAACAAUACUUACAUUUUCAAGACAUCUAAGGUUCUUUGUCAGUUUAUCCAGACAAUAAUGCUGUAACUUAUUCCAUCCUUGCCAAAUGUCCACAUCGAUAUUUUAAAAUACAAAAUAAAACUAAUGAAGAUUGUGUCCUUUGCCUUUUAAUCAUAAUACUAAUAAGUUUGUAUUGCAAUACACUUGACACCUCAAAAAAAUCGCAAGUUUUUUAUUAUUUUCCGAUGUAAGUAAUUAAACUGUAUUUUUUAUAGCAUAUAUCUCUAUAUAAAAAAAAUAUGUAUAUUCAAUUUAGGAUUGUGUUAUAUAUAUAGUCAGGUUUUUAGAGCCCUCCAUUUAAAUUUGUUUGGUCUUUCAACAAUUAAAAAUAAAAUCCUGUUUGUAUUAAUGCAUUAUGGGAGAAAACCCCAUAAUAUUAUUACUAUUAUUAUUAUUAUAGAGAAAAAAACUACCGUAUUUCCUUGAAUUGCCGCCGGGCCGCUAAUUAAUUUAAAACCUCUUCUCACUCCGGCACUUACCAAAGGCAUGCGAUAAAUUUAGGCCUGCGCUUAUAAAUUUGAGUGUGAUGUAAGGAUACCAUCAUUAAAAGGACAUUUAAUUAAAAAAACUUUUUAUAGUCUUACAUUUACUUAUAAAUGAAGUCCAUGCGCAGCUCCUUCUGAUCAAAAGCAUCGAUAACUUGUUUAUAGAAGUCUUCCUUAUCUUUCUUCAGUUUUAAAAGUCUCUCUGUCUCGAUGGAUUAUCUUCCUUUAUUACCUCCUGCAUCGAUUGAAAGCCCAGUUUAGAAAACUGUUUUAUUUAAGAUAUGUAAUCCUCCAUGUUAAAAGUGCAAGCGAGAAGAAAAAAUAAACGCUGCUCACCCUUGCUGCUUGUUGUCACUUCUUUUGCAGCCGAGUAGUCGCAAGAAGGAUCACUAGCGCCCUCUACCACCAGGAGGCGGGAGUCAUUUAAUGACACAUAUUUGACACACGCAGCUACGGUAUAUUAAUAAAACAUAGCUGCUUACGGUUCUUUUUAGCAUAUUCAAUAGCUUGGACCUUAAAUCCUACUGAAUAGCUCUUAAUAUUCUUCCCUUUAUGCGAUUUCAAAUGAUUGAAAUCAGCCUCCUCCAUUUUGAAAAUGAUGACAGGUGAAGUGUCACUCGUGACGUGACGAGUUUGACCCGGUGGAAAUUCUAGGCAUAUGCUAAUUAUUUGGCGAAACGAGUUUGACCCGGCGGAAAUUCUAUACAUGCGCUUAUAAAAAUAAUCUUUUGCGAAACGAGUUUGACCCGGCGUUAAUCCUGAGACGGCGGUAAUGCUAAGCAUGCGCUAAUUAUUUUGCGAAACGAGUUUGACCCGGCAGUAAUUCUAGGCAGGCGCAUAAUAUAUACCGCAAUUCAAGGAAAUACUGUAUAUAUGUAAAAAUACAAAAAAAAUAUGUACAUUUAAAUUCAUACAAAAUAUUAUAUAUGCUUAUACAUUCCUAUAAAUCAUAGGGAAAAAAAACAAUAAGGUUGAUAUAUUUUGUAAUAAAAAAAACAACUCAGUGUAAGGCAUGAACAAUUAUUAUAAACAAUAAAUUGACCAAUUGCAUUGUUUUAUUAGGCAUUCUGACUAAAUAGGUGAUUUGCAGCUGUAUAUCCCCAUAUAUAACAUAUACAAUACAAGCCAAAAGUUUGGACACACCUUCUCAUUUCAAUUUGUUUUCUUUAUUUUCAUGACUAUUUACAUUGUAGAUUGUCACUGAAGGCAUCAAAACUAUGAAUGAACACAUGUGGAGUUAUGUACUUAACAAAAAAAGCUGAAAUAACUGAAAACAUGUUUUAUAUUCUAGUUUCUUCAAAUUAGCCACUCUUUGUUCUGAUUACUGUUUGCACACUUUUGGCAUUCUCUCCAUGAGCUUAAACAGGUAGUCACCUUAAAUGGUUUUUACUUCUCAGGUGUCAUAGUUUUGAUUCCUUCAGUGACAAUCUACAAUGUAAAUAGUCAUGAAAAUAAAGAAAAUACAUUGAAAUGAGAAGGUGUGUCUCAACUUUUGGCGUGUACUAUAUAUAUAUAUAUAUAUAUAUACUCAAUUUAAGAUUUUAAAUAGUCAAGUUUUUACAGCCCUCCAUUUAAAUGUGUUUGGUCUUUUAACAAUUAAAAAUAAAAUCCUGUUUGUAUUAAUGCAUUGUGGGAGAAAAAACCCUAAAAAUAUUGUUAUACAGAAAAAAUACAUAUUUAAAAAGACAAAAAUAUCAUAUAUACAUUUAAAUUCAUAUAAAAUAGUAUAUAUGCUUCUACAUUCCUAUACAUCGUAGGAAAAAAAACAAUAAGGUUGAUAUUUUAUGGGGGAAAAAAACGAUCAGUCUAAGGCAUGGGUGUCAAACUCUGGCACGCGGUCCAAAUUUGGCCCGCUGUGUAAUUUAAUUUGGCCCUUGAGGCAAUAUUAAAUUAACAUUAUAACUGGCCCGCCACUGUAACACCGCAUUCACCGCUAAUACUCUUACUUGCCAAUCCUCCCGAUUUUCCCGGAGGACUCCCAAAGUACAGUGCCCCUCACAAAUUUCAUCCCGGACCACAAUAUUGGGGUUGGGCCUUAAAGGCAUUGCCUUUGGCGUUCUCUACAACCUGUCGCCACGUCCACUUUUCCUCCAUACAAACAGCGUGCCGUCCCUGUCACAUAAUAUAUGCGGCUUAUACACUCACUCAAGUGAAUGCAAUGCAUACUUGGUCAACAGCCAUACAGGUCACACUGAAGGGGGCCGUAGAAACAACUUUAACACUGUUACAAAUAUGCGCCACACUGUGAACCCACACCACACAAGAAUGACAAACACAUUUCGGGAGACCAUCCGCACCGUAACACAACAGAACAAAUACCCAGAAUCCCUUGCAGCACUAACUUUUCCGGGAAGCUACAAUAUACAAUCCCCGUUAUCCCCAAACCCCGUCCACCGCCGAAAAGAGGCAUUCAAUUUUUAUUAAAAUUUUGAUAUGCCAUUGAUAUUUUUUGAUUAUUAUUAUUUGAAACUCGAUUGUGCAUGUCACUAUAAAGUUAUAUAAGCCUUUCUUGUUCAAUGUUCAAUGCAAAACUUGUUUGGGUCCCUAUUUAAAAGGUUAAUUUGUUCAACCUCGGCCCGCGGCUUUGUUCGGUUUUAAAUUUUGGCCCACUCUAUUUGAGUUUGACACCCCUGCUCUAAGGUAUCAAACAUUAUUAUUCACAAUAAAUUAACCAGUUGGAACUCUGACUAAAAUAGUGAUUUGCAGCUGUAAGACACACUUCAACACAUAAAAACGUACUUUAGCUCCAGAUUUGGCCUGGAUGUGAAUCAUCUGUAAGCUAUAUACUGUAAGAUGUUGUCAUGAAUCAUUGCCUCAUUCAUCACUCCGCCGAUGAUGUCAUCAUGCGUUUAAAUAUGGAUGUGCAGAAGCUUUUUACUUUCCCCAACCAGCGCUGUAUGGUGUGUAUGUAAAUACUGUAUAUAAGGCUAUUUAUUUCUGCUGUAUUUCUUGCCACAGGUGUGUUUCUGUUGUUCCUGAUGGUACUGAUAAAAUGGACUUUUGUUGCAACA